CCAGGGCGGGAUCCAAAAUUUAUUUUAAUAGUUGGACGUUGGUCUGCAAAUCAAAAACCCUAUCCUAAUCAUGGCAGGAAGUAGUCGAAGCAAAAGAAGAUCUUACGACGACUCGGCUUCCGAGUCUGAAUCAGACGAAACCGACAGCGGAGAUUCUUCCCCUGACAGAAGAUACCGCAAACGCAGCAAGGAUAGAAGCCGUCGCAGUAAAAGCAAAAGCAGCCGCCAUAGCCGUAGCCGGAGCCGUCGCGGUCGUGAUUCCGAAGAGGAUUCCGGUGAUGAUAGCGAUGGAAGCGACCGAGGACGUAGUAAGAAGAAGAGAUCUUCUAGAAACAUCACGGAAGAGGAAAUUGCUGAGUAUAUGGCAAAGAAAGCACAAAAGAAGGCAAUGCGAGCUGCGAAGAAAUUGAAAGCACAAACAGUAUCGGGUUAUUCAAAUGAUUCAAAUCCUUUUGGCGAUUCGAAUCUCAACGAGAAAUUUGUUUGGCGGAAGAAAAUCGAGCGUGAUGUUUCCCAAGGGGUGCCAUUGGACACGUUUUCAGUGAAAGCUGAGAAGAAGAGACAAAAAGAGAGAAUGGCUGAGAUUGAAAAAGUUAAAAAGAGAAGGGAGGAAAGGGCACUUGAGAAAGCACAACAUGAGGAAGAAAUGGCUUUGCUAGCUAGAGAACGUGCUAGAGCUGAGUUUGACGAUUGGGAGAAGAAGGAGGAGGAGUUCCAUUUUGAUCAAAGCAAAGUCAGAUCAGAGAUUAGAUUGCGUGAAGGCCGUACAAAGCCUAUUGAUAUUUUGUCCAAGCAUCUGAAUGGCUCUGAUGAUAUGGAUAUAGAGCUAAAUGAACCAUACAUGGUUUUCAAGGGUUUGACGGUUAAAGAGAUGGAAGAGCUUCGUGAUGACAUCAAAAUGCAUCUUGAUUUGGAUAGGGCAACUCCAACACACAUAGUUUACUGGGAGGCACUUAUGGUGGUAUGUGAUUGGGAGCUAGCUGAAGCCCGGAAGAAGGAUGCACUUGAUCGAGCUAGGGUGCGUGGGGAGGAACCUCCAGCUGAGUUGCUAGCAGAAGAAAGGGGACUGCAUUCUACUAUUGAAGCAGAUGUCAAGAAUCUUUUGGAAGGGAAGACCCACCGUGAGCUGGAGGCAUUACAAUCCCAGAUUGAGUCACAGAUGCGAACUGGCACGGCAAAAGUUGUCGAGUAUUGGGAGGCUGUUCUUAAACGUCUUCAUAUUUUCAAAGCGAAGGCCUGUUUGAAGGAAAUACAUGCUAAAAUGCUGCGUAAACAUUUGCAACGCCUUGAGCAACCUUCAGAAGGUGAAGAUAGACUGGAAUCUGAUAAUGGUUUAAGACCUGUGGAGGAGGCCAGUGAUCAUGAUGAGAAAGUAGAUGCUGAAACAUAUUCUCCGGAACUGAUAAUACAAGAAGAGACUCAUGAGGUGGAAGAAGAGGCUGGAUCCUUUUCACCGGAACUGUUGCAUGGUGAUGAAAAUGAAGAAGCUAUUGACCCAGAGGAGGACAGGGCUAUAUUGGAAAGGAAACGUAUGGCUGUGUUAGAGGAGCAGCAAAGACGGAUGCAAGAAGCUUUGAAAUCGAAACCUGCCCCUUCAGAAGAUAACUUUGAGCUAAAAGCCAUGAAAGCUAUGGGAGCAAUGGAGGAGGGUGAUGCAGUAUUUGGCUCUGGUGCUGAAGUUAACUUGGACUCGCAGGUGUAUUGGUGGCAUGAUAAAUACCGUCCUAGAAAACCAAAAUAUUUCAACCGUGUUCACACUGGAUAUGAGUGGAACAAGUACAAUCAGACCCAUUAUGAUCAUGAUAACCCUCCUCCCAAGAUCGUGCAAGGAUAUAAAUUUAAUAUCUUCUACCCUGACCUUGUUGACAAGACAAAGGCUCCCGUAUACACUAUUGAGAAGGAUGGUAAUAGUUCAGAAACGUGCAUCAUAAGGUUUCAUGCUGGACCACCCUACGAGGACAUUGCAUUCCGAAUUGUAAACAAGGAGUGGGAAUAUUCUCAUAAGAAGGGAUUUAAAUGCACAUUCGAACGUGGAAUUUUGCAUGUAUAUUUUAACUUCAAGCGAUAUCGCUACCGUAGGUAAUAUGUGGUUGAUUUUACAACAACUUUGCAAGCUGCAGCUGCCUGCCAUGAAAUUCUACUCGGACAACCGUUAAGGUAACUUCAGGAUUUUGUUGUAUUACUAAAAAACAAAGAAGAAAAAAACUGUGAAUAGGAACUUUUCUCAUAUUUUAACCUGUAGUGUUUUCCUCAAUGCUUUCAAUUUAUGACCAAUAUAUUUGCCUUGGUCUCUGGCACUAUACUUUUCACACAAAAAUGUUGCACUUGGAACAUUAAAAUGGUCACUCAUAGUCUUCUUGGAAUUUGUUAUGGAAUUGGGACUCUUAGAUUAGAGUUA